AUGAUCACCAUCUCGACGCUUCGAGAGAGCUGUAUUCUCAUGGGUUACGACUGUAUUGUUUCCAAAGAGUCAAUCGCCACCGGAUUGGUACAUCAGAUAUCAAGCCCAGCUCCUGCAAAACCCAAGUCGCUAAUAUUCCAAGCUCAAGCAACAAUUUCUGCAAUCAUCCGAGAAUACAGCAAUUAUUCAUUAUCAGUCUCUAUCCGAGGAAAAUGGUGUUAUCUGGCCACCACAGGACCUGCAACUUUGGUGAUUGGGUACCUCUUAGCCGUAGACCUCUUAGAAUGGGAAGAUCUUGGUUAUAGAGCAGGAUUCAUUGCUGUCUCUCAACGUAAUAUCAUCGGUGCUCUCACUGGAGUUGGCUAUGAACGUCUUGCUUGGUUGCAUCGUUGGAUUGCCCACUCUCUUCUAUUCACCGUCCUUCUGCAUAUCUUCUUCUGGUUUGAAGAAUGGGACAAAUACGAUUAUACGGCCACGAAAAUCAAGGAGGACCCUCUUACUCAGAAAGGUCUUAUCGCAGGCGGUAUCCUCCUCUGGAUCGUCAUCUCAUCAGCUGCACCAAUUCGUGGAGUAUCAUACGAAUUUUUCGUCACACAACAUAUCAUCUCUUGGAUAGCCUUCAUAACUGCUCUUUGGAUGCACGUUCCAGCCGAAAAUAAAGGCUGGAUCUACGUUCCUAUCGCAUUUUGGGGAUUCGAUCGACUUACUCGUUUGGCUUACAUCAUUUACAACAACUUUUCUCUCUUCCAUAAGAGAAGUUCUGGUGUCUUAGCAUGCAAAGCAACCUUCACACCUCUCGACGAAUGCCACACCCGCAUUACCAUUGCCCAUCCGCCCAUCUCGUGGACACCAGGCCAACACGUCUUCCUCUCCGUUCCGGUCCUCGCCCCCUUCUCCUCUCACCCCUUCACAAUCGCCUCUCUACCUACCGACAACACUAUGGAAUUCGUCAUUCGCGCAAAGAAAGGAGCAACAAGACAAUUCUUCAAAUACGCCGAUAAAAUAGCUCCAGUUCUCCCUUCAUACUCAUCCGCGUCAUCCAUCAACGAAGAAAGAACCGAAACAAGAACCGUUCUAAUCGAUGGCCCAUACUCUCGCAUCCGCCCCCUCCGCCAAUUCUCCAGUGUCCUUUUCAUCGCCGGCUCAACAGGCGCGACCUUCACCGUCCCCUUGCUCCGCGACCUCGUCCAAACCUGGUCCAAAUCCUCCUCAUCCAAUCAACCUUCAUCCUCUCUAAAAUCCGGAAUCUUCCUCCAACCGCCUCCCAACGCCACUAUCACCCACCGCAUCCGCUUCAUCUGGGUCCUCAAACACUCAGCCUGGACAUCCUGGUUCCGCGCACAUCUCGAAAACGCCCUCCUCACCGUCCACGACUUGAAAAAGAAAGGAAUGGACAUUGAGCUCGAGAUCGACAUUUAUACCACCUCUUCCUCGUCCCCUUCUCCAGACGAAAAGCGCGAACAUGCCCUCCAUAUCCUAUCCUCCUCUCCAGACUCUAACUCUCUCUCCGCACGUCCACCACUACGGACCUCCCCCUCCUCAUCCUCCUCCUUAUCCCUCGACAAAACCUACAACGAAACCAUAACCUCGUACUCUCAACCCCUCUCCCAUCGCCCUCAAAUCUCCUUCCAAACCGGAAGGCCGCCGCUGAAAGAGACUGUGAGGCAAGAAGCCGAGAAAGCGAAGGGCGAGAUGGCGGUUGUUGUUUGUGGGCCGGGGGGGAUGGUGAGGGAGGUGAGGAAUGAGGUUUGUGUGGUUAGUGAUGAGAGGGGGGCGUGUAAGGGGAGUGGGGCGAUGGGGAUUUGGGUUCAUGGGGAGGGGUUUGGGUAUGCUUGA